AUGACGCUGUCCCUUGCCCUUCUCACCCUUGGGCUUGGCCUAGAGGCUGCCGCAAGCCCGCUCUCGGCGGGCAUGCAGAACAUCAAGAAUGUUGUAGUGCUGGUGCAAGAAAACCGAUCUUUUGAUACUCUUGUCGGCGGACUUACAUAUAACGACGAUAUCGAUGGACUGGCCGGACGCGAUACCCCUUUCUGUAACCCAGCCAACAUUUCGCAGCCAGAUGGCGAACAGAUCUGCGGCAAGCCGACCGCCAACAAUAUCGCCAAGGAUGACCCUGACCACACAAUCUGGGGUGGAAACAUGCAAGUCUUUGGAAAAUAUCUUCCGGACUCCAAAGAUGAGUCGACUAUGAAGGGUUUUGUGACCGAGCAAGACACAUACUACAGCUUGGGAGGAAACCUGCUGGAAGCGUCCGAAGUCAUCAACUAUUAUACUCCGGAACAAGUGCCAGUAACCAACGCGAUAGCCGAGAACUUUGUCCUAUUUGACCGCUGGUUCGCCUCGAUCCCUGGACCGACUGACCCCAACCGCGCAUAUUUGACUUCCGGUACUUCGCAUGGCCAGGGAGGCAACACUGAACCCUUUUAUGACUCGACUCUUCCUCAAAAAUCUAUCUUCCAGCAGCUGUCUGAGAAUGAUAUUACCUGGAUGAACUACGAAAACUCGACGUCCUCGAACCCGCCUUUUGCGCCCGAUUCGAUGUUCUACAAGUGGACCAAAGAAAAUGGCAAGGAUAAAACCAACGUUUUUCCCAUUGAGCGCUUCUACUCGGACGCAAAGGCAGGCAAGCUACCUCAGUUCACAUGGAUCAACCCAGAGUGUUGUGAAUUUAUGUCAAUGCAUCCCAAGUCGCCUAUCAACAUGGGCGAGAAUUUCAUGAAGGGUGUCUAUGAAGCUGUUCGCAACUCGCCCCAAUGGAACGAGACUCUUUUCAUUGUCACUUGGGAUGAGCACGGGGGGUUUUGCUGA